GACACCACCAGCGCCGUCGCAGCCGCGCCAACCGGGGUGUCGUCGGCGGCGUCGCGCAGCCAACUGAACCCGGAGAUCAUAGCAGCGCUGUUCGGGGGCCCGUCGGAGUCGGAGCUGAUGAAGGCGGCGAUCGAGGUGAUCACGUCGGCGGACGCGGAGGUGGACGCGGAGAACCGGCUGAUCGCGUUCGACAACUUUGAGCAGCUGAUCGAGAGCCUGGACAACGCCAAUAACCUGGAGAACCUGGGGCUGUGGAAGCCGCUGGUGGAGCUGCUGGGCCACGGCGACGCCGAGUUCCGGCGCAUGGCAGCGUGGUGCGUGGGCACAGCGGUGCAGAACAACGAGCGCACGCAGGAGCGCCUGGUGGCCGUCGGCGGCAUUGCGCCGCUGGCCGCGCUAGCCCUUGCCGACGCCGAGACCCCCGCCGUCCGCCGCAAGGCUAUCUACGCCCUCAGCAGCGCCGUGCGCAACUACCAGCCGGCUAUGGAUGAGACGGUCGCGCAGCUAGGCCAGCUAGGCUACGGCGGCGCUAGCAGCAAGAUCGACGCGAGCGACAUGGAUGCCGUCGACGAGGUCAUAAACGGGCUGAGGAACAAG